AUGAAGCGGGCGUCGGGUCUCGUGGCACCUCUGCUGGGCCUGGGGCUGGCCCUGAGCCUGCCCUGCUCGGGGGCCACCGACUGCGGGUCCUUCGGACAAGCCGAGCACCUGGCAUUCGCCCCGGUGGCCAGGACCCGAUGGCUGGCCCCUCGCAUCUGCCAGCCGGGGCCCCUAGACCCCCUCUACGGCACUGUACGACGAUUCCUCUCUGUGGUGCAGCUCAAUUCCUUCCCAUCGGAGUUGGUGAAGGCCCUGCUGAAUGAGCCAUCCUCUGUGAAGAUGGACCAGGUGGUGCGGUAUGAGGCAGGCUACGUGGUGUGUGCUGUGAUCGCAGGCCUCUACCUCCUGGCCGUGCCAACCACUGGGCUCUGUUUCUGCUGUUGCCGCUGCCGCCGGCGCUGUGGGGGCCGAGUGAAGACUGAGCACAAGGCCCUGGCCUGUGAGCGCGGCACCCUCAUGGCCUUCCUGUUGCUGACCACCCUCGUACUCCUGGUUGGCAUGGUCUGUGCUUUCAUUACCAACCAGCACACGCAUAGGCAGACAGGCCCCAGUGUGGAAGCUGUGCCUGAGACCCUGCUCAGCCUAAGAGGCCUGGUCUCUGAUGUCCCUAAAGAGCUGCAGGCCGUGGCUGAGCAGUUCUCUCUGCCCCAGGAGCGAGUCUCGAAGGAGCUGGAUGGUGUUGGUGAGAGCCUUGGGAACACGAUUCACAGCCAGCUCAAGAGCACAGUAUACCUGGUGCUAGCCUCAGUGCACAGCUUAGGCCAGGGCCUGCAGGACUCUAUGGAUCACCUUCGAAUCCUGAAUGCCACCUCAGUGGAGCUGCAGGAGGGACAGCAGCGCCUGGAGCCACCUUUGCAGGCACACCGGGAUCGCCUGCGCACCCUGCUUCAGGAGAGCGGGUGCCAUGGGGACUGCAAGGGGGCCCUGAGCCAGGCUGAUGCACUGGAGCUGGGUGCCGAUUUCAGCCAGGUGCCCCCUGUGAAUGAUGUCCUGCAUCGACUGAAGGGUGUCCCAGAGGCCAACUUCUCCAGCAUGGUCCAGGAGGAGAACAACACUUUCAACAACCUUCCACUCCUGGUUGCAGUGCAAACGACCAGUGUGGUCAAAGAUCUGAAGAAGGCACUGGUUGAACAGCCUGAAGGUGUGAAGAUGCUGGCCCAAGGGUUCCCGGGCUCAGAGGCAGCUUCCCACUGGAGCCAGGCACUAGAGAAGCUGGACCAGUACAGCCGCCCCUACCUGCAGAAGGUGCAGCAAUAUGAGAUGUACAGGUGGAUUGUGGGAUGUGUGCUGUGCUCUACUGUCCUGCUCGUGGUGAUCUGUAACCUUCUGGGCCUUAGCCUGGGCAUCUGGGGGCUGUCUGCCAGGGAGGAUCCCAGUCACUCAGAAAUCAAGGGUGAAGCUGGAGCUCGCUUCCUCAUGGUAGGCGUGGCCUUCAGCUUCCUCUUUGCAGCCCCCCUCAUCCUCCUCGUCUUCGCCACCUUCCUGGUGGGUGGCAAUGUUCAGACGCUGGUGUGCCAGAACUUGGAAAAUGGAGAGCUCUAUAAGUUUGCAGAUACCCCAGGGAACUUGCCCCCAUCCAUGAAUCUGUCUCACCUUCUUGGCCUGAAGAAGAAUGUCAGUGUCCUUCAGGCCUAUCGGCAGUGCAAGGCAGGGGCAGCACUCUGGGAAGUUUUACAGCUCAAUGACUCCUAUGACCUAGAUAGGCACCUGAAUAUCAGGCAGUAUACCCACAGGCUACAACAGGAACUGCAGAACUUCAAAGUGGACGUUAAGGAUCUAGACCUGUUGAGCCCUACUGCCCACCGGGACCUGGAGGCCCUGCAGGGCAGCGGUUUGGAGAAAAUCCACUACAGUGACUUCCUGGUACAGAUCCAGAAGCCUGUGGUGAAGACUGACAUGGAGCAGCUGGCCCAGGAGCUGGAAGGACUGGCCCAGGCCCAAAACAACUCUUUACUGGAACAGCAGCUGAAGGAUGAGGCCAAAGGACUCCGAAAACUCUACCAGGAGAAGGUUGUCCCCCAGCAGAGCCUUGUGGCCAAGCUCAACCUCAGUGUUAGGGCCCUGGAGUCCUUUGCCCCAAAACUACAGGUGGAGACUUCAGAUGUCCUGGGCAAUGUCACUCAUCUAAAAGGAAAGCUGCCUACUUGGGCCAGCCACAUCCUGAGGAAUGCCAGUGAAUGUUUCCUGAACCGGGAGAUGGGCUACUUCUCCCAGUAUGUGGCCUGGGUGAGAGAAGAGGUGACUCAGCACAUCGCCACCUGCCAGCCCCUCUCUGGAGCCCUGGACAAUGGUCGUGUGAUCCUGUGUGACAUGAUGGCCGACCCCUGGAAUGCUUUCUGGUUCUGCCUGGGGUGGUGCACCUUCUUUCUCAUCCCCAGCAUCAUUUUUGCUGUCAAGACCUCCAAAUACUUCCGUCCCAUCCGCAAACGCCUCAGCUCCACCAGCUCUGAGGAAACGCAGCUCUUCCACAUCCCCAGGGUCACCUCCCUGAAACUAUAGGACUCACAGGGUAAGGUGAUCCUUGGGGCUGCCUGACCUUCCCCCUUGACUCAGCCUGCACCAAAACACUUCUGUAACUCCAGUCUCAGAGCCUGGGCUGCCCCCUAGGCCUAGCCAGUCUCCCUAGCCCCACACGAGCUUACCUGAGCCCACCUUUCCACCCUUCUGCCCAUGGUCCCCUUCAUUCAUUGUCCAAAUCACACUCAACCUCUACUGAACUACAGAACCAACAGGUUCUUCUGGGUAUCUACCUUUGUCCUCCUGGCUGUGGUUUCUCAGCAUCAGGAAGGGUCUGUUCUCUACCUGUUGGAAUUCCUUCUCCAGCCUUUUAGAUGGGACAGAGUUCCUAACUCAGACCCACCCAAUCCCCAUCUGCCUUCCCCACUGGCUCCAACUUCCUUCCUGUUCCCUCCCCAGCCCUUUGCAUCCUGCUCCCACUUUGUUCCCUCUUUACCUUAUCCCCACUGCUACCUUGCUAGCCCCUAGACACCCCUUCCCACCUGCUUAACCAUCCACCAAGCAUGCUACAGCCACCAUGGCUGAGAUCUAGACUGGCUUUGUGCUCUGCCUCAUGACCCCUGAGCCUUCUGCUGCCCUAGGGCCUUAGGCUUUCUGCAGGCUCAGACCUGCAUCCAUGGCCCCCAGUGGGGUGAGAAAGGCCCAUAUGAGGGCUGAGCUACCCUGUCUGCACUCGAGGUUAGAGAUGGCAGUGCUGGCCCCAGCUCCUCUCUGAGCACUGACUCUCAAGAGACCAGGGACCUGGGCCAUGGUGGUGCUUCCCCACAGCUCCAUAGACAGUAGCGUUUCCCAGGAGGGAUAUGGUAGAGAGAACAGGGUUUUGCAGACCCCAUUCCAUCCUGUGCAUGUGCCCAUCCCUGUGUAGUCCCUAUGUGCUGGACACUGAAUCUAGAAAGAAUGAAGAGAAAGGAGAAAAGGAGAUGGACAGAUCUUUGAUUCCAUUAAUAGUCUCCUACUUCCCUAGGCUUUGGUUCUGGGUCCCUGAAACCGUGUCUCCCUGUCUGGAGCUCAGUAUACAUUUGGUAUUUAAUGAGUGGUUGUGUGAAGGAGACUUCCAAGGCCUUCCUGGCUGCAGGCAUCCCAAGACUGUAAAGCUAUUCGAUGGGAAGCAGAGCCUGGUGGGAGCUGGCGUACCUGGAUUCACAGCCUAGCUCUGAUGCUGCUAGCUGGGACACCUCAAACAUGUUAUGUAGGUUCCCCAAACCUCAGUUUCCUUUUAUAAUAUGAUAAUAGGUGGAAACCACUUGGCAGGGCCUGGUGCUGAGCGAACGUACCAGGAGUUGGCAGUUGCUACUUGUCUUGUGGCUGCACUAGGCCAAGGGACAGAGCCAGGGUCUGGGCAGGUACGAGGCAAAGGGGAGAUGGAUCCCUGCUCAAAACUCAAAAGCCCUUUAUAAUGGUGGUCUGCUGUGUUUCUGGGUGUGUCCAUGUUGAGAUCUGUCUUAUAAGCAGGCAGCAAACUUUGUUCUAGAAGUUAGGAUGGCGGCACCUCUGUGCUAUCCCUCCUGUAAGCACACUCUCAAACAAGCAACCCAGGAGCAAGUAUAGCACUUCUUUGGGGUUUUCCAAGAGGUUGGGUUUUUUGUUUUAGUGUUUUGCUUAUUUACCUGUUGAUUUUGGGUGGGGAAGUGGCACCCUGGAAGUGUUCUUAAAAUGCAAUUGGUGGAACUUAAGCAAAUGGAAUAAAAACUAUUAAAAAUUCA